AAGAUUUGUUUUUAUCAAGACUUUAAGACCCUGCUUUUUAAUCUCCCUUCAGCAAGAAACCUAACAUCCUCAAACGAGACAACCGGCUUUGUCGCAGCUUCAAAUUUUCUCCUGUUUGUUGAAUUGUUAAAUAAUCUUUUUAGCCUUUCCUGUUCCUGGAAUUGUACAUCUUCUCAACUGAUGCCUGUUGAUAAGCAAGUGAAUGACUUGCUGACAAGAGCCUGGUUCGAGCACCUUAGCUGCUGCUUCCUAGAGUCGCCUAGCCAAGUCCACUAUCUAGUUAUCGAGGAAAGAUGGCCUGCAGCAGUAGGCUGCCAGGCUGCUUGCUAAUUUACUUGUUGUGGGCUCUGGAAUUAUGGUGAGGGCAUUUGCUCAAGCAUACCGUCAGGCACUUGCAAAUGCUUCAAAAUCUGGUGUUGCCCACGAAACAGUGCAGAAUAUUAGAAGAGGAAGUAAAAUAAUGGCUGAACCAGAGGCCAGGCAAGUUCUAGGCAUCACUGAGCAUUCAACAUGGGAGGAGAUCUUGCAGAAAUAUGACAAAUUGUUUGAGAAUAAUGCCAAAAAUGGGAGCUUUUAUCUGCAAUCAAAGGUUCAUAGAGCUAAAGAAUGCCUUGAAGAAGUAUAUCAAAAGAAAGCCGAGGGAAAUUCAUGAAUUAUUUAGACGUUGCCUGAUCUUGGCAUGAUCUUCAAUGUGCUGCUGCACCCCCAUGAAAUUCAUUUUAAUUUCAUAGAAUUAUCUGCUAUGAAGUUUUGUUUUUGACUUCCUUGAGUUGAUCUAGGAUCAAAUAGACAAUGAUCCAAUUUUUCAACUUUAAUUGUAAUCUCACCAGUGCAAUAAAUUUUUAUGGACAUUGUGGUUUCUAUUUAUUGGACAGGAUACUUUCGAUAGCCU